AUGAUCCAAUACAGUCGGCAGGAGCAGCUUCGCAGUAGAGAUACGUCCCGGAACUACUCUGCCGUAUCGUGCACCUGGGGCCUGCCCGAUUUCUCCGUCGACCUCGUCAUUGAUCAAAGCAGUGUUGGCGACGAUAUCAUCACGCACAAGGAGUCGCUGUUGAGAAUCACACCGACCGUCGACAGCAUCCUGCGAUACCUGCGCGAUCCUCACAAGUUGCUAUACCUCUGGACUGACGCCCUGUGCAUCGACCAACAGGAUGAGAAUGAUAAGGCGUCGCAGAUUCCACAGAUGGGCGAGAUUUACAGGUGCGCCGAGACGGUACACGUCUGGCUUGGCGACGUCGAUGCCGAUGAAGUCGCGGUGGCAUUUGCCAACAUACGCAUGGUACAUGCGAUCCCAGCGGCGAUCGAGUCCUACAGGGUGGAUCUUUGCAAAAGCCUGACGAUGCUGACGCAAAAGCCAUGGUUCAGCCGAAGAUGGGUCAUCCAGGAGAUCAAGCUUGCAGAUCGAGCCGUCUUGCGUUAUGGAGAGCACUCUGUUGAGUACGCACGCUUCCGAGGAGCUUGGUACUUGGUGGAGAGUCGCCUGCUAACUCAGGGCAAUCUGGGAUAUUUGCGACAUCUGCUACGGUGUGAUGUGACGGAUGACCUCUUGGAACUGCUCUGGGGAUUCCAUACGGCCAUGUGCUCAGACCCGCGAGAUCGUCUUGCAGCUUUGCACUGCUUCCUACCCCAGAGCGAACAACAGAUUGAUCUCAGCACUCUAUCGGCGAGUAGGGUCAUUCUGCACCUUUUCGCGUUUGGCCUAGCUGCUGGGAGGAGCCUAGACGACGCCGAGUGUCCGUCUUGGGUCCCUGAUUGGUCUGGGGUUCGACAGCUGGGAAUGGCGUCAGGCGAGUUCCAUAUGGAUCGCCUGCAUCCGACAAAUCGCGACGAUAAGCCUUGGAUGGACUGUACCGAUAAUUUCGGUGGCUUGCAAACUGAAGGUCCUUCUCCAGAACCCCACUGGAAUGUCAGUUUGUCUAGCAAAGAGAAAGAAAAGCUCUGGCUCCAAGAGGCACAACAAGACAUCCCAGACUGCAGAAAGUUCAGCGGAUCCAGACUUGUCAGGAAUGAGUUCGCAACAAGAUUCUUUGCUGAGAAGACGAAACUAAGGGUCAGGUGGUCGUCAUUUCGUGGUGGUCUCUAUGGGAAGAAUGCCCGACUGAUCCUGACGCUACCGCGAGAACUAGUAGUCGAGAAGGAAAAGUUGUGGAAACACGCACUCUCAUGUCUUAAGCCAAUCCAAAAUCAAUUCGUGACAUCAAGGAGUUGUUUAAAGAUUGCGGCAUUAUUCGCAAUCGCCCUAAAGGGCAAGGACACUGUGUCAGAGGAUAAUGACCAAAUGAGCAGCUGGUCUUUCCACACGCUUACGGAAAAGCUGUACGAAACAGUCAGGACUGGCUUUGAGAAUCCGGAGUUUCUUGCCGGAAAACAGAAAUCGCUACUGGCCUUAAUCGGCAGCAUCCUUCAAAGGUUCGCUUUGGUUGUGCUUCAUCCUUCGCCGUAUAGUCGUUAUAGGACGAUUGAGCACGAUCCUACUAGGUUGGAACCAGACUAUGGUUUGGCGCCUCACGUUAUGAAACUUGGCGAUAUCUUGAUCGCCUUUGACGAAACGAAGCAACGAAAGUUUCCGAUCGACGACUAUUGCUUUACAGGCCCGGACUUUUUAGACGGUCAUUUUGCGUAA